CUGACGUCAUGUCUGGAGGCAGGCUGCGCGCGCCCCUGCUGACACCGUUCACCUCCAACUGAGGAACUUUGCUGGAGUUCUCCUCUCAGCUUCUCUGACUGCAAACCGAGUCAGGCCGUGUUUAAAGAAGACAGGCGGCGCUUCUACAGCCCUGGGUUCUUCUGGCCGUACAUGUCCUGCUUCAUUUAAAACUUUUUUUCUAAUAAGCAGACACUUUCUCCCCCCACCAGCCCCUGGAGGAACGGUAACUUUGGCUGGAAAUCGCUGCUUACCUGAACAUACUGAGGAAUACCCAAGUUUUCCCAGCUCGCCUAAAGUGAAAGGAGUUGGAACCGGACUCAGACUAACUUCUUCUCCUCUCCCCGGACAGUUGUGGACAUGGUUUGGGUUAUAUGGGGCCUCCUCUUCUCCGUCGGCUUGUUCCUCUCCCCUGUCUGCGAGUCGGUGGAGCGGCAGCAGAGUCGCAGCGGCUUCAGGAGGCUGUACGUGCUGCAGCCUGGGCCGGGGUCGGGCCCCGGUUCGGCUCCUGGGGAAGGCGGGGUGCGCCUCAGCUCCAUCUCUACACGCCACGGCCCGUCCGGACAGCCCAUGGUUUAUAAUGUGGAUCUCACGGGAAGCUUUGGCAGCCAGGUUCGGAACCGCAGGAUGGGGAAUCCAGCGGCUCCAGCCCCACAGCUACAGGACCAGAACCAGCAGAACCAGCUGAUGAAGCUGUCCGGGGUGAAUGUCUGUGGAGGGCAGUGCUGUCACGGCUGGAGUAAAACUCAGGGAUCGCAGCGGUGCACCAAACCCAACUGCUUCCCUCCGUGCCAGAACGGAGGAAUGUGCCUCAGGCCCCAGCUCUGCGUCUGCAAACCGGGCUCCAUGGGGAAGGCCUGUGAGCAGACCCCGGUGCCGGCUCACUCCAGCCCAGUGGUGCAUGGGAGCGAACCCACCAACGGCCACACUAACGGUCACACCAAUGGAAACAAUGUGGUGCCACAGAGGCCCAUACCUCAGCAAGUGCCACCGAACAGCUACACCUCCACUAAUAACUUGGCCCAGAUGAAGUUAACUGUCAAGGCAGGCCCCCAGUUUGUCAGGCCCCAAUACAUCCAGCAUCAUAUCCAGCAGCAAAUCCGGCCUGUCCACUCUGGACAGAACCAGCAAUACGUCAUCAAGCCCAAGUACUACCACACACACACCACACACACACAGAUGCAUGUUCAGCCCCAACCUGAGCGCCCCAUCCCUCUGACGGUGGGACACAACUCCAUCCAUGCAGCUCUGGGGAACCAAACAGGAAGGAUCAAGGUGGUCUUCACACCCACCAUCUGCAAAGUGACCUGCGUAGGAAGCAGAUGUCACAACAGCUGUGAGAGGGGAAACACCACCACCAUCAUCAGUGAGAACGGCCACACCACAGACACGCUGACAGCGCCAAACUUCAGAGUAGUGGUGUGUCACCUGCCGUGCAUUAAUGGUGGUAAAUGUAGUGCCAGGGACAAGUGCCAGUGUCCCCCGAACUUUGCUGGCAAGUUUUGCCAAAUGCCCGUUCAAAAUGGACACCAGCAGCACCAGCAGUCGUCUGUGGCCUAUGGCCAGGCUCAGAUUAUGUCUACACAUACCCUGCCUCUCACAUACAGCCAUGGACAGACGCCUGUGUUCAACCCAGGCAUUGUUAACAUCCACAUCAAACACCCCCCAGAAGCCUCAGUUCAGGUUCACCAAGUGUCCCAGCUGGACAAUGGGCACCCACAACAAGGGUCCCACUCAGGCUCCUCUUCAUCCAGCAGCUACAGCUACCACCACUCUGAAAGCAGCCAGAAGAUUCAGCAGCAUGGCUACAACAUGGUUCAUCCCAACCACCAUGGCUACAAGGUUCCCCAUUACCAGCCUGUCGCCUCCAAGAACACCCUGGGUCGCUGCUUCCAGGAAACAGCAGCCGGUCAGUGUGGAAAGGCUUUGCCGGGUCUCACCAAGCUGGAUCAAUGCUGUGCAACAAUUGGGACCUCCUGGGGCUUCCACAAAUGCCAGAAGUGUCCAAAUAAACCCUCUAUCCCUUUUAUAGACUGUCCUCUGGGAUACAAGAGGAUCAACAGUUCUCACUGCCAAGAUAUGGAUGAAUGCCAGCUGCAGAACGUUUGUCCUAACGGAGACUGUCUGAACACUGUGGGCAGUUACAUGUGCACAUGUAAACCUGGCUAUGCCCCCGACGCCUCUCUCACCAAAUGCAUCCCCAACACACCUGCCGUCCAGGAAGAAAAGGGCGCUUGCUUCCGCUACGUCAACUCAGCGAGGCAGUGCUUACACCCAGUGUCUGCCCAGCUGAGCAAGCAGCUUUGCUGCUGCAGUGUGGGCAAAGCCUGGGGCCCUCGUUGUGACAAAUGCCCCCCUCCUGGAACAGCCUUGUUUAAAGAAAUCUGUCCCGGCGGAAUGGGCUACACCGUUUUACCAAACCCUCCAGUAAACAAGCCAGUGACCGUUUUCCAGGAACCAGUUGACCUGUUACCUCUGCAACCCCUGCCAACGCCAGAGAAACCAGUGGAGGCCUUUGGGACACCAGAAGAAAUUCUUCCAGAAGUUGUUGAGAAGACGUCUCCACCUGCUCCGGUGGAGAUUCUCCCAUUCAAUGCGGGUCAGGACAUCGCACCCACUCAGUUAGCUGAGGUGGAUGAGUGCCAGAUCAACCCUUCCAUAUGCGGGCAGGGGGUUUGUUACAACACAGCUGAGAGCUACAUCUGCCACUGUGAUGAGGGAUUCCACUUGGAUGGCAGCCAAAGCACCUGCGUAGACAUUGAUGAGUGUGAAAACAGGACAGUGUGUCCUUCAGGUAUUUGCUACAAUGAGCCUGGAAGUUACAGCUGUGGUGCCUGUCCUCUUGGCUUUGUUGGCCAAGGAGGUCGCUGCAUUGACAUUGAUGAGUGUGAAAACAGGACAGUGUGUCCUUCAGGUAUUUGCUACAAUGAGCCUGGAGGUUACAGCUGUGGUGCCUGUCCUCUUGGCUUUGUUGGCCAAGGAGGUCGCUGCAUUGAUGUAGACGAGUGCCAUGAUGAGCGGGUGUGUGUCAGAGGCCACUGCCUGAACAUUGAAGGCUCGUUCCUGUGUCAGUGUGGACCCGGGUUCAGAGUGUCAUCAGCUGGGGACCAGUGUGAUGAUGUGGAUGAGUGUCAGGAGGAGGUUUCCCCGUGUGUGUCUGUGGGAGAGUGUGUCAACAACAUGGGCUCCUACACCUGCACCUGCCCCGAGGGCUUCAGGCAGAUCAAUGAAACCAGCUGUAUAGAUGUGGACGAGUGUGUGGAGGAGGCUGAGCUCUGCUCCCCUCAUGGUUCGUGUCUCAACACCGAAGGCUCCUAUCUGUGUGUGUGUGACAGUGGGUUCACCGCCAGCCUCCAUGCGCCCUCUUGUGAUGACAUUGAUGAGUGCGGGCUCAACGAGACGCGCUGCGGGCCCCACGGCUACUGUGAGAACCGGCUGGGCUCCUUCCAGUGUCUCUGUGACCAAGGCUACCAGGAGUCCCAGGACGGCCACGCCUGCGAGGACGUGAAUGAGUGUGAGCUCCUGAGCAGUGUGUGUGGAGAGGCCGAGUGCAUGAACGUGGAUGGCUCCUUCCUCUGUGUGUGUCCCAAUGGUCUGGACUACAACGUCAUGAUUGCCAAGUGUGAGCCCACUCAAACAGCGCCUUCAGUGGAAAGGAAGGAUUGCUACUAUCAUCUUAGUGACGAGAACCUCUGUGAGAGUGUGCUGAGCAGCCACGUCACGCUGAAGGAGUGCUGCUGCACUCUUGGAGCUGGCUGGGGGGACAACUGUGAGGUGUACCCUUGUCCUGUUAAUGGCACAGACCAGUUCACCGAGAUGUGUCCAUCCGGAAGAGGUUUUAUUCCCAAAGAAGACCUGCUAUAUGGAGUAAUGUUCUCAAGCACUUACAAAGACGCAGAUGAAUGCAAACUGUUUGAUAAGGAGGUGUGUAAAGGCGGCUACUGUGGGAACACAGAGGGAAGCUAUGAGUGUUACUGCACCAGCGGACACUACUAUGACCCGGUCAAGCUGGAGUGCACAGAUGUCAAUGAGUGUUUGGAUGAGUCUGUUUGUGAUGGAGGAGAGUGUCUGAACACAGACGGCUCCUUCAACUGCUUCUGUAGACCCCCCAUGGUGCUGGACUCCAACAGUAACCGCUGUGUUAUGCAUCCGCAGAUGGCUGAGCAACAAGAGAUGGAGGAUUUGAACUAUCAGGGGAUCUGCUGGCAGACAGUCACAGAAAACAAGAUGUGCACGCGGCCUCUGGGGCCCAACAGGAAGAUCACCUACACCGAGUGCUGCUGUCGCUUCGGAGAGGCCUGGGGGAUGGUGUGCGCCUUGUGUCCCCCCCGAAACUCAGAGGACUAUGCAUACAUCUGCAACAUUCCUUUGGGUGGGAGGCGACAGCCUUAUGGCCAAGAUGCCCUGGUUGCCGGUCCGGUUCAUGAAUAUGAAGUGAGCCCAGACUACAUGACGUCUCCCGAUGAGCAGCAUGUCCGCAACUUUUACGAAAACGAAGAGCAUCGCUACAGUGCCUUCGAGGGCUUGCGAGCUGAGGAGUGCGGGAUCCUGAACGGCUGCGAGAACGGCCGCUGCGUCCGGGUUCAGGAGGGCUACACCUGCGACUGCUUUGCGGGAUUCACCCUGGACCUGUCCCGCAUGGCCUGCGUCGAUGUGAACGAGUGCUCGGAGCUGAACAGCCGGAUGUCGCUGUGCAGAAACGGGAAGUGCAUCAACACAGUGGGCUCCUACCGCUGCGAGUGCCUGCCAGGCUACAAGGUCUCCGACAAACCCAACUACUGCGUGAAGACGGACAAACAGCAAACAUCCACACAGUGAGAGGAGGCAGAGACCAGAAGGGGCACAAAAACCACACGCACAAGCUCAUAAUACUAUACUUGUGAGGACAUCCACUGACUACAGUCGGGCCAAUGAAAAAUUGUCGGCAGCAAUCGAAUCGUGAACAUCCUGCAGCUCAGCUGACUGUCGGCGCGGAGCAGGAGGAGCACAGGGAGCAACGGUCUUCCUUUCCUUUAGCAUAUCCGAACCAUGUUUCAUUUUACUUAUCACAUCCCAAAUAUUUCUAUAUCAUUUUUAUAAUGGACUGUUAGAUUGUGUUGUCAACAGCAUCAUAUACACCAGCUGCCUUUUUUUGUCUUUAUGCAAUUAAAUUAUUAUGCCUGAGAGGUAAAUUAUUGGUCAGCUGGAUAAAAGAAAUUACUUUCUAGUUCCACUCUACUGGCGCAUAUGGCUGACCGAUGGUUCUGAUUUAUUUGUUUUGUUUUGCUUUAAGUGAGUUUUAGUCCAACCAGUCGAUGGGAUUAAUGUGAGUAGUGAACUGGUCUUCCUGUUUCCAGUUACUUGCUUUGAAGAAUCCUUAGGAAACGUCUAUAUAAAUACGUGUUUUGCUGCCAAAGUUACAUAAAUGCCUGGACGGUUAUCGGAGACCCGGUCACGUUGAUUGUAAGCUAAUGUGUGGAUUUUCUGGAAGUAAAGAGUUGAGGUGCUUUUUAGAUCUGAGAAGAGUGAACGAAAUCAGCAAGUCCAUGACACAAUACACACACAUGCAAAUACACACACACAAAA